UUGUUUUACAUAUAAAAAGCUUGGUUUUUUUAAUAAUUAUCAGUAAGUACUUAACUUUCUCAGCAAAAUAACCUGAAACAAACAAAAUGUUUACAAAGGUAAGUGUAUUUUUUUUUGUUUAACAUUCACCUUCCUUACGAUUGCAAUUGAACAAAUACCAUAAACUUGAUAAAAACGUUUGUUUUUUUAAACUUAGUUUACACGAGGGAUUACAAGUAUAAAGACUCUUUUAAAAGAUGUUGCAAUUGCAUGCCUACAUCGAUUUACAAAAGUUGGAACCCAAGAAACAACAAUACAUUCAUCAUCAAAGCUUUGGACUAUUUAGGGGCAGUACAAGACAAAACUUUAAUACGUAUAAAUAAAUGUUUCAGAUCCUUCUAGUCAGCAUUGCUAUGGUAGCAACCACCGCAGCUCAAGACCAUUACCACCACGGUCACGGCCACGCCUCAUCAUCGCAUAGCGUUGUUUUACAUCACGAACCAGUACAUCACGAACAUAUACAUCAUGAGCCUGUUCACCAUGAGCAUGUACACCAUGACGAGCACCAUCACGGACAUGAAGGACAUCAACACCACGAGCAACAGCAUCACGACCAUCACCACCACGGCCACGCUUCUUCUUCACAGAGCCUCCGCCAACACCAUGGUCAUGGCACCGAGAAACACGUCGAGUACUACGGUCACCCUAAAUACGAGUUCUCUUACCAAGUAAAGGACCCUCACACACACGAUAUCAAGUCCCAGCACGAGACACGCGACGGUCACCUCGUGCACGGCGAGUACAGCCUGCACCAGCCCGACGGCAGGGUCAGGACUGUCAAGUACCAUGCUGAUCACAAGACCGGAUUCAACGCUGACGUGCACUACGAGGGUCACGCGACACAUAUCGUACCUGAACACCAUCACCAUCAUCACUAAUUAUUAAGUUAUUAAAACCAUUGUUAUUUACUUUGUUUUCAUGUUAUUCAUAGUUUUACGUCACUUAAUUGUUUGUUGAUUUUCAGUAAUAUAAUAAAAUUAAGAAAACUUUAUUUAUGUAUUUUUUAUUGUAUUGAAUUACGGCCAACGAUUUAACACAUAACAUUGGGUCAAUGUUGACUCAAGAACUGAGAACCUUUUUUGAUAUUCGAUAGAA